AGUGUCGACAGCCCAACUACAAUAAUUGUUGCCUACAGCUCUGUUCAAAAUCAAAAGACGGUCACAGGUGUUAUAAUGAGUGAUAUUUUUAUCCCAGGAAAUCAUGAAGCUGAGAUGUGCUAUGGAGGAGAAGCUGAUCUACACAAACAUGUUACUGGCUGUAAGAAGAAUCCAGGUCACAAAGGUUUUAUACCCCUUAAAGAUUUCAACAGAUACUGUCUCCCCUCACGUUUCCAUGAUGACGAACUCAUGUCUGAGACAAUCAAAACAUUGGCAGCCCUAACUGUCCAGGUAAAGACUAAAUUCACCAGUCUUAGAAGACCAGAGUUUUACCCAGGCACUCAAGUUCCAUAUCCAUGUUAUAAUGACAGAGGAUGUCACGUGAUGAGGUUAGGGACGGGGAGGGUGAGCAAUGUGCGCUAUUUCACAGAUAGUGACAUAUGGGGAACUUGUGGUUGUGCCAAGUGUCAAGUCUCUGCCACACCCAGCAAAGUGUGGGGGAUGGUUGAUGUGUUGACAGCCACACAUGUGGUGUUUGAUGAAAGUGAGUCGAGACAGACCAGGUGUGUUUUAGGUUUUGAUGACAAUAAAAGUCCAGGGGUCAGUCUUGAUGGCUGGGAGGGUGGCGGAGGCAUUGAGAACGACAGGUGUGAAAUGUUUUAUGUGACUUGUGACUUAGAGUUGGUUUAUAAACUGUUCAAGAUGUGUCGUUACUUGACUGGUCUAUGUGAGGAAGUAUGGGACAAAUACGGAGAAUUUGAUAAUGUGGACAAUUCGUCUUUUAUAGUGUCACAUCCUCAUGGCUGUCCUAAACAGGUCUCUGUAGGACAAUGGACACACAGUCUUGAGAGGGAUGAAUAUGAUGAAGGUUUUGAGGCUUAUACCACCAACACCAGGUACUGGUACACAACAUGUACAUGUCCAGGCUCCAGUGGAGCGCCUGUGUACAUGCUGGGAUAUGACGGGUGGUGGUAUAGCUAUCCCCACAGUGGAUCAAACUCUAAAGGAAAUUAUAGUGGGGAGUGUUUGACCGAUGUUGUUAGUACUCUUAACUCUAAACAACGUAAACAAAAAAUGGCUAAACUUUUCGCUUCAUUUAACAAUUAGUGUCGUAUCUUACGUGUCUUAUCAAGACGUAUAUGAAUAAUUUAAUUAAAUGUUUUUCUUUGCAAAACUGUUGCAUCAUUGCUAUUUUCAUCUUUCUUUUCAACUGAUUUAGAUUGAUUAAAUUGUAUUGCUGUUGUAACCAUAUGAGCUAGUCUCACACUACAAUAUGUAAUACGUAGGCCUACUGCUAAUGCGUCCUAUAAAUAAUUUUGUUUUUAUAAGAAUCAUAAUUUGUCUAUAAAUUAUAACUGACGAAUGUUUCUAC